AUGGAGGAAGUUCCCGAUACUGCCCAGCAUUUUAUCGAAUGUGAAACGAAACUAUGUAGGAACUACUCUGAUUUCUACUGCAAUACCUGUCAUCAAAAAUUGUGUGACCUGUGCAGAGAGGCACAUCAACAGGAAAUCGACAACAGUCAUGACGUUGUAUCUUUUCUUGAGAGAAAGAGAAAACUUCCUUCAGAAAAAUGUCAAGUCCACAUUAUUGAAGAUUUAAGUGUCUAUUGUGACGACUGUCAGACUCCUGUUUGCUUAUUAUGCGUUGCAAAAUAUCACAAUGGUCAUGAACAGAGUGACCUUGAAACUGUCUACAAUGAAACUCUUCUGCAAUGUAAAAAUAAACUGACAGAUAUUUGGAAAACAGUUAUUCCUAUUGUUAAAGACAAUUUACUUUCACUCAGUGAGAAAAGAGAACAUGCGAGUAAAGAAAUUGCCAAGUUAAGACUUCUCAUGAAGAAGAGGGCAGAUGAAUUCAAGGAAGCUGUGGACUCAAUAUAUGUAGACAAUAAUAAAAAACUGGACCAAAUUAAAAAUUCUAUUCUAGAUGAUCUAGACAAGCAGCAGAAGAAAUCAGAGGAUUAUAUUAAUGAACUGACAAAUCUAAAUACAGACUAUGAGAGAAAAAUAUCUUCAAUGAAACCCUCUGAAGUUACAAAAUUCAACGCAGAAAUUUCAUUAGCUACUAUGAACAUGCCUAAUCCCAGACCAACUUCACUCCCUAUUUUUACACCAGGUAUUCUAGAUAAAGAAGAAAUAGCCAUACAGUUUGGUGAAAUCAAAAAGAAUUCAUUUGAAGAGAAUAUUAAGAAAAAUGCAAUGAAACUUUCCUCGUCUGUCACAUCAGUACAAAGCAUUACUGUCCCUGAACUAAGUGAGAUUUCUCAUGUAACGCCUAUGGUCUCUGAUAAAUUUUGGGCAAAUGAUUACAACGGAAACCUUAUUCAAUCUAACAUGGAGGGACACAUCUUACAGAAACUGAAAAUCAGUUCAAUUGGUGCCCGCUGUGUCCACGCAGUCACGAUGAGGGGAGAACUACUUUACACAGAUAUAAGAAAGAGAACCGUCUACAGAGUGACAAGUGACAUGACCAGCAGUAACCUAAUUUACACAGAUGACUGGAAACCAGUCGCCAUUUACUCUUCUCUCAUUAAUGGACACAUAUUGCUGGGGAUGCUCAGAGAUGAUAUCAAGAAAAUCGCUAGAUACAGUAGGAAAGGGAAAAAGCUACAGGAUAUUUCGGAUGAUGAAAGUCAAACUGUGCCCCUCGGUAUAUUCUAUAUCACAGAGAACAUUAAUGGUGACAUUUGUACAUCAGACUACUGUAAGGUUGUGGUGUUAACCGGAUCUGGAAAGUACAGGUUUUCUUACCCUGAUCAACAAUCCCAAUUUAGUUUCCGUCCGUACGGAAUCUGUACAGACGUCAUGGGACAUAUUUUAAUGUGUAAUGGCUAUUUUCAUAACCAUAGCUCCUGUGUCCACCUUCUGGACAAAGAUGGUCGAUUCAUUUCUUUCAUACUCUCACCAGUUACAUGUCCACGCAAACCCCGUGCUCUCUGUAUUGAUGACCAACACAAUCUCUGGUUGGGAAGUGAGAGUAGUUCUUCAGUCAAUGUUUACAAGUAUAUCCAGAGCACGAACAAAUAA